AUUCAGACCAUUGCAGAACUCAGGAACUACCAUCGAGAGUUUCUAGCCAUCACCUCAUUUCUCAUUGACAAGACUCGUAUUUCAAAGUCAGAAUGCAAUCGCGCAUUCGUUCGAGGAUUUCCACCUGAGCUAUGGAAUCAGAUUUCACAGCUCCUACAGUUGAAGCAGCCAGACCAUUACCCAGAUGAUCCCUACUCAGUAAACGACAUCUACGAGGCAGCAAAGUUCAUGUUGCAU